AUGGCCUAUAGAUUGGAAAGCAAAUCUCUGGGUUCAACUCUACUUGGCGUUGACGUGGGGAUGAUCGUACAAUUUAGAGGCAUCCCAUACGGCAACAUUGUUUCGCGAUUUGCGGAACCCGGGCCUAUAGCGAUCUCGCCACAAGAGAUAAACUGCACUGAGUUUGGCCCUCGAUGUCCUCAAGUGAAGGUUGAUGUAGGUCACUUAUUGCGUAUACCUUUUGAGCACAGGCUGCCGGAUGAGGCCGAAGACGAGUUUCGAUGCCUCAACUUGGACGUUACGGUGCCCAACUCACAGCAACUGCCGACCGGCCAAAGAUUGCCUGUUUUGGUCUGGAUCCACGGCGGAUCACAGGCAGUUACUUUUGGCAGCGCGGCCUCUGGGGUAUGCGGUACGAAGUGCGCCCUGUCCUCCGCUAUGUCCCCUCAGCCGGGCUCAAAGAUCCUGGAUGAAAAGUAUCACACGAGAAGAAUAGUGGAAGAUUCCCUACUCUUGGCAAACCCCGUCAUCGUCGUGACAGUUCAGUAUAGACUGAAUAUCUUCGCGUUCGGAGAUGAAAGCAGCCCCGGCAACCUUGCCCUGAAAGAUCAAUCAUUGGCUCUGAGUUGGGUCAAAGACCACAUUUCGGAUUUUGGAGGUGACCCUAAUGAUGUCUCACUGGCUGGAGAAAGUGCUGGAGCGGUAUACUGCCACGCCCACUUGGCGGCCGGCCUUCCAAUCAGGAGGAUUAUUCUCUCCUCCGGCUCGCUGUACCUCUCUCCUCCUCAAACAGAGGCAAAGGCUUCUUCUCUGCGUCAAACGCUCCGCAGUCAUCUUCGUACACUGGGUCACUUUGACUUGAGCACAGCCCCUGUUGAAAAACUGGUGGAAGCUAUGGAACUAGCCGGAAUACAUUCGUGGUUCCUCCAAGUGGAUCCUACUCUUCUUGGGUGGGAAACGGCAACAGGGGCUGCGGAGAGCAUAAUGAUAGGUGACGUUCAAGACGAGGCCGUUCUCUGGCGGGCUGGCAUUUGGGAAAUGGAUGUUGCCGACAUUGUUCGAGCUUUCGACUAUGCUGGCGAACAUCAGGACACGCUUAAGAAACUCUACAACAUUCGCCCUGACAGACCUUCUUCUUGCAAGAUAGGGGCGUUGGACUUCAUCAACGAUUACAAAUUUCUCCUCCCAGCGGAGAAUCUUGCUCGCCUAUUUAGGGCAGCGAACAGACCCGCCUACCGAUAUCUCGUCGAUGAGUGCAAUCCUUGGCAGCCUUCGAAUGGAGCUCAUCACGCGGUGGAUUUGCUUUUUCUAUUUGGUGGAUUCGAUCUGUCCUUUUCCCCCGGCGCACAAAAGACUGGCGAGCAGAUGCGCAGGUCACUGAUCAGGUUCCUUCACUCCAAGGAACCGUGGGAGCUGGGUAGCUAUGCAGCGUUUGGACCAUACGGGAUGUUCCAAGAAGUUGAUAGCGUCGACGUCAAGCUCCGUAGACGAACGGAGCAGGCGGAGUUUCUGCACACGGUUCCUUCGGAGACGUUGGAUAAGGUCUACUACGACUUUGGCCGCUUUGGCUCCACAGACUCCAACUUCAUUCUGGGCUCAAAGACCUGGUUCAUGGCGGCCAAAAUCACCAAGACGGCUUGUGACAUGUAA